GCGGGGAACCGGGUGACACACCCUCCCUCGGCUGUGUAGCGCGAUUGCUCGGCUGAGCCCGGGUCGGGCCUAGAAGGAGAGGCGCAGCCUGGGGCUCGGCUACCAGGAAGAAGUGGGGCAUCUGCGACUUGCCGGAUCUGGGCGAGAGUUACUCAGCGGCUGGGCGUCGGGUCAACCAGGCCAGGAUCCAGCUGGGAGCUGCUCACUUGGCUGUUGUGUGGAAGCUGCUUGUCACCAUUGAGUAAGAGCAAUGAAGAGAUUCCGAAGACAUGGGAAUGAGUUACACAGAGAACGUAUCAAGCAGGACUUGUUUCAAUUCAAUAAGACGGUAGAACAUGGGUUUCCACAUCAGCCCAGUGCGUUGGCUUAUAGUCCUUCGCUCCAGCUCAUGGCCAUUGGAAGCCGAUCGGGGGCCUUCAAGAUCUAUGGAGCACCAGAGGUGGAGAUCAUGGCCUUACACGACGAGACUGCAGCAGUCACCCAGAUUCAUUUCCUACCAGAACAGGGGCAGUUGGUGACACUACUGGAUGAUAAUAGCUUGCAUUUGUGGAAGCUGAAGAAAAGCUCAGAUGGACUGAGUAUGCUGAAGAGGGAGUCUCACUUUGAGCUCAAAGGGCAGCCGGGUGCUCCACCAAGUGUCACCACAAUAACCGUCGUCCUGCCUCAUUCCUCUGGUGAUGUGUUAUUUCUGGGAACAGAAGGUGGCUGUGUGUUUGUGGUGGAGCAACCAUCAUUCAGAGAGCAGGAGGCGAGAACAAUCACCCAUGAGGCUGUUCUACAGAAUGUACCUGAUGAUUACAGAAGUCGACGGUCACUGGGGUCUGUUGAGGCCCUGCAGGAGAACCCAAGAAACCCCCAACAGAUUCUCGUUGGAUAUAGCAGAGGCCUUGUCAUAUUGUGGGACUUGCAGGCCAGCCAGGCAACGCACCACUUUCUUGGAGACCAGCAGUUGGAGAGUGUGGCCUGGCAGAGAGAUGGGCGGCAGAUUAUCAGCUCACACAGUGAUGGUAGUUUUCAUCAGUGGCCUGUUUCGAAUGACCGAUUGCCACAACCUCUGGAAAAAACAGUGCCUUAUGGUCCCUACCCCUGCAAAGCAAUUCCAAAGAUUACUUGGUUAGCAACUAAGCAAAGGACUCCGUUCAUCAUCUUCAAAGGAGGGAUGCCCCGGGCUAGCUAUGGUGACCGGCACUGUGUUUCUGUUUUACACGGCUCCAAACAGAUUGCAUUUGAUUUUACCUCUCGAGUCAUUGAUUUCUUUGUGGUUGAUGAAGGUGGAUCAGAAUCAGAUUGCGAUGACCCAAGUGCUCUGGUGGUUCUAGCAGAGGAGGAACUGGUAGCCAUUGACUUGAAGACUCCUUCAUGGCCAGUUAUCCAAUCCCCAUACCUGAUACCUCUCCACUGUUCGGCUAUCACCUGCUCCCACCAUGUCUCCAACAUCCCCAUUAAACUAUGGGAGAGAAUCAUCGCUGCAGGCAGCAAGCAGAUGACCCACUACUCCAGCAAGCCAUGGCCUAUCGAUGGUGGCUACAGCACUGCUCCUGAACCUUUACAAAGAGACCUCCUCCUCACAGGACAUGAAGAUGGAACAAUCCGUUUCUGGGAUGCAUCAGGAGUGUGUCUGAAGCCUCUGUAUAAACUCAGCACAGUCAAUGUAUUUGUCACGGACGCCGAUCACAACGACAACCUAAAUCAAUCUGCGGAGGAUGAGUGGCCACCCCUGAGGAAGGUUGGCUGCUUUGAUCCAUACAGUGAUGAUCCCAGAUUGGGGAUCCAGAAGAUUCACCUGUGCAAGUACAGCAGCCAUUUGGCGGUAGCUGGCACCGCAGGACAAGUUUUGGUCAUGGAGUUGAACGAUGAGGCUGUUGAUCAGACGGUGGUCUGCACUCUCGUUGACAUUUUGCAGGAUCAGGACACGUUCAAGUGGAAAGGUCACGAGCGAUUGAAUCCACAUGAAGACUUGGUUCACUUUCCAGCUGGCUUCCAGCCCUUUGCACUGGUGCAGUGUCAGCCCCCCGCUGUUGUCACUUCACUUGCCCUGCAUACGGAAUGGAAGCUGGUGACUUUUGGCACGAGCCAUGGCUUUGGCCUUUAUGACUAUCAGCAAAAACGUUCUGUCAUGGUCAGAUGUACAUUGCACCCCAGUGACCAAUUGGCACUUGAAGGGCCCCUGUCACGAGUAAAGUCGAUUAAGAAAUCACUGCGACAGUCCUUCCGUCGGAUCCGGGGGACUAGAGUGUCUGGAAGGAAACGAACCGUGCCAGGGAAUGGUGCAGCUAAGGUACAGGAGGCCAAUGCCAGGCUGGAUCGGGAAGCGUUGAAUGAAAUGGAGCUAGCCCCAGUGCAGCGCAGGAUUGAGGCUCGAUCUGCUGACGACUCCUUCACCGGAUUUGUCCGAUCGCUUUAUUUUGCAGAUUCCUUCGUAAGAGAUGGUUCCUACCAUGAGCCGUCACUGUGGGCUGGAACCAACGGUGGAACUGUAUUUGCUUACGCUAUUCAUGUUCCUCCUGUGGAGAGAAGAAUGGAAGAGCCGGUCACUGCAUCACAGGCAAAGGAAAUUCAACUCAUGCACAGAGCCCCUGUGAUUGGUAUCUUUAUUUUGGAUGGUCGAGGGGUUCUCCUACCUGAACCACUAGAAGCAGCACAUGACCUCUCCAAAAGCCCUGACAUGCAUGGGAACCACAUGUUGUUGGUCAUAUCUGAAGAACAGUUCAAGAUGUUUACACUGCCGAAAAUCAGCACAAAAACCAAGCUGAAGCUGACGGCAAUGGAAGGGUCACGGGUGCGGAAAGUGUCUGUGGCCAAUUUCAGCAGUAGUCGAGCAGAGGAUUACAGUGAGAACGGUCUGCUGGUGCUGACCAACCUUGGUGAUGUCCAGGUCAUCUCUCUCCCAACUCUCAGAAAUCAAGUUCGGUACGAGUGCAUCAGGAAAGAGGACGUGAGUGGAAUUGCCUCCUGCGUCUUCACAAAGUCCGGCCAAGGUUUUUAUCUCAUCUCCCCCUCUGAGUUUGAGAGGUUCUCGGUUUCUCCAAAGUGGGUGGUGGUACCAAGGUGCAUCAUUGACAUUGACGAAGGGUUAGGAACCAGGACUUCUCAACAGAAGAUAUUGCAAGAUGGACUUAUCACAAAACCCAACUCCGGGGAAACGGUGCCUUCACAGCAAAAGUAUGAAUUGAGCAGGCAGGCUAGUGCUGGAAGUGAGGGUGAUGGGAAGAAGGCAGUGGAGAUCAUGGAACAUGCAUUACUCAACGAUGAGAGAGUUCUGCUGGAGAUUCAGAGCACACUGGAGUCUGAAUCCGCUUCAACUGACAGAUUGAGCUUUGGACAUCUAAACAGGAACUCUAAGAAUGUGGCUGGGGUACAAUCCCAAGGCCAAAGAAUGAUUAAUGGAGAUUGAUGACAGAUACUGAUGGGAGCACUCGUUGUGCUUGGUGCCAUACACUACACGUUAUACCAUUGGACAAGGGGUGGCUGCUGGGAAGAAGGCAGCUGCUGGAAUCUGACUGCGACACAGGGAGAUGCCAACUCGUUUAGUGCCUAAUUCACUAUGCUUCAGCCCUCUGAUGGAAUACUUUCCUCAUUUCUUUUCCCUGUCUCUUUGCACAGUCACUGGAAAAAUGAUGGAUUUUAAAUAACUUCCUGGGUGCAAAUAGUUUUAAUACGGGAGCUUUAUAUCACUGUAUGACUUUUAUAUGGUUUUAGAUAUUUCUAAGGGAGUUUGAAUGAAAAUGAAAAUUUAGAUUUUUUUUUAAAUUACAGAACAUUUAGUGAUAUUUAAUAUAUGUAUAAUUUAGUUUCUGGUGGCUGCUGUAUUGUUUUACUAUGUGUAGUAAACAUUGAGGAAAUAUUUUCAUACUUACAGAAGGUUUUAGUGAGUAAAGGUGCUCCCUUGGAGUCUAUUUUUGUAGCCGAUUGUGUCAUUUAAAAGAUAAUGAGAUGCCAUUGUAAACACUACAGACCAAUAAAUUAAACCACUUUCACAAUGAA